GGAACAACUCGGUGUUGACGUCCUAUUUCCAACCACUCUCCAAGUCUCUCAUGUCGGCUGGAUGCACUCAUCGUUUGUCUGUAUGCAUAAAAGCACUUGAAUACAUCCAGGACAACUGCUAGCUGUUGUCAUUCGUCUGUCGAUACGUCGCCUCAAACACGGCCACACAAAUGGGGCCACAUGGUGGGUGCCACACACCCCAGUGGCACACACCGCACUCAUGCAAUGCAAUGCAAUGCAAUCAUAAACCGACCGACACUUGCGUAGAUAGAUAGAUGCGCACAGACACACACACACACACACACACGUGUGCAAUGCCAUAAAUGCAUGUGGAUGGAUGGAAUGGCUACAUGACACCCCCCACAUGUGCCGGCAUCGCAUCCGUACACACACUCUGGCCGAUCCAUCCACCACUCCCCCACCCCACCCCUCACUCUUCUCUAGAGCCAGCUAGGUGGUAGCGCAGCUACAGGUUGGCGGAUUUGUUGCGGGGGAUCAGCGAUCUCUUCAUGAUGUCCUCCUCGUGGGCUUUGUAGGUCUUCGCAUCCAGAAUCACCACGAAUCCCAUAUCCAAAUCAAACCUGCACACGGACGGGAGGGACCAACACAUGCAUGUGCGCACACACACACAUACACACACAUACUCACAUCACAUCAAAGAUCGACAAUAUGAACUUGCUGUCCAUGCGUGUGUGUCCAUGCACAUUAGGUAUGUGUGUGCGUACCGGAGCCAGGGUUCGGUGUUGUUUUCGACUAGGUCCACGAGGUGGCGGAGGUUCUUGACGGGAGUGCGGUUGAACUUCUUCAAGAUCACCUGACAACCACACACACCACACACACACACACGCACGGUGAGAAUGUCUGUCUGUCUGUCUGUCUAUUUGUCGUGCGCGGUGUGCGUUGCGUUGCGUAGGUCCGUACGUUUCUGAUCUUCUCGAAGCCUGCUGUGGAUUCGUGGGCGAGUACGUGUGAGAGCAGCACCACCUGACCGCCAGGCUCCGUCAGAUCACGGACCUCUCGCCACAUAUGGAUCAGCGGACCCUACACACACAACACAACACACGCCGCACCGGUGGUGUGGUGUGUUUAUCCCUCCCUGCCUGCCUGCCCCCACUGGCUACCCCCACUGGCUUACGGGUGCCUUUGUGUCGAAUGUGCUGGCUCCAUAUUCAUACUGAAGGUAGGGCUCGCUCAGCACCACAAACACGCAACCGCCAACUAUCAAGUACUCGGGCGUUGUCGGGUCCUUCAGAUGCGCGGGGACUUGCAGCUGACACACACGCACACGCACACAUGAACGCACCGCACAGGUCGAUGGAUGGAUGGAUGGAUGCAGGUGGGAGGUGCACAGGCGGCCACCUGCAGUGUGUCGAUGGGGAGAGUGACGGUGUGUAUGGCGCUUUCGCGCAUCAGCACUAUUUCAGCUUUGUCGCCCACAAACUUCUGGGCAAACAACCAGCCGUAGUUCACGCGCUCACCAGAGCUGACACACGACAAGUACACACGACACGAGCAGUCCACAGAAAUGUGUGUGUGUGCACACGUGUGUGUAUGUGUGUGUGUGUGCUGUUGAAUUGCUCACGGAAUCUGUAUGGUGGCGUCUAGAUUGAUGUCGUGGUUGUCGACCUGCAGUAUGAUGUCGUCGAGCUUGAUCAGACCCGCAGCUGGCGACGCUGCAUGAACCUGAACACACACACACACACGGGAUUCACCAACCAAGAGACAGACAGGCAGACAGACAGACAGGCAGGCAGGCAGAGGGCAGCAACCCCAGGUGGCUGACCUUGCUGACGAUGACGCCGUGGUGUCCUUGCUUGUCGGUGAGCCCCAGUGCGCGCCGCAUGUCCUGAUUCUCGAGCGUCUUGACGGAGAAGCCAGGGUCCCCGAAGCCCGUAUAGCGGCCGUUGCGUUGGCAGUCGGUCAGAAAGUGCUCCACCACACUGAUGGGGAUGACGUACCCGAUGUUCUCGACAUCCUCUGAUGGAUGGAUAAAUGGAUGGAUUGACACACACAAAGACACGUAUGUAUGUAUGGGUUGAUGCCUGCAGGUGGGCGGGUCGGUCUGUCUGUCUGUCUCUCUGUCUGUUGUGGCGGGUGGUUUGUGGCGGGUGGUUUGUUCUCCACAGACCUUCCUGCAGAGAUGAGAAUGCGAUGCCGACACACUCCUUGUUCUUGUUGAGAGCCGGGCCGCCCGAGUUGCCUGGCGGAUACGAGACAGGCACACACACUUCACACACAUGGACAGGACAGUAGUACAUACAGUCAGUACCUGGGUUGAUGGCGGCGUCUGUUUGUAUGACAAGGAGCUCUGCCGACAUGUUGUCGUAGGGCAUGGUGGUGAUGCGCGACACCACGCCCUGUCACAUACAUUCACACAAUACAUACAUACCAUGCCUGCCUACGUCGGAAGGACGCCCAGCCAGCCCAGCAGACUCCCAUACAUGUGCCCUCCCUGACCGACCAGCGUCACAGAGGUGUUGUCGCCGCCAGUAGGGAAGCCAACCACAGUGACGGGCUCCUCCAUCGCAAUCGACUGCGUGCAACGCACCGGCUGGAGGCCUAAACACACCCAUCACACACACACACAGGCAGGGAGGCAGGCAGACAGGGAGGGAGGGAGAUGGUACCACCCACACCACCCCACACCGCGGCAAGCCAGUCAGCAAAGCGUGCAUGCCAUGUGUGCAGACCAGACCUUGCCAGAAGGUCGUGUCCUUGACAGUGAGGAGGGCCAGGUCGCAGUCGGGGCCCACGAACAGCACCCUGGCCUCGUACUUCUUCGGAUCCGUCUUCUUCUGAAUCACACACACAGAGUACAGCACAGCACAGAAAAGGUGCAGAGCAGAUCGACAGCCGGCCAUUACAUCAUCCUAUCCGGGUGUGUUGUGGUGUUGUACCUGCACUUGCACGAGUUUAGCGUGUUCCACGGCGUGUGCAUUGGUGAGGAUGGUGGGGACGUGGUCGAUGACGCCGACCUUGGCCUCGCCCUCGUCGCCAGCACCACCAGUGUUCAUCUUGUCCUCCCAACCCUCAGGGACGCCUACACACACACACACACACACACACACAGAGGGAGGGGUGUCGAUCGAUCUGCCUCUGUCGGUGUGCGUGUCGCGCUUACUGUAUACGAAUCCUGUGGCUGUGCUCUGGAACUGCUUGAGGUGGGUCCACGGCUGGCCGUGGCGUGGAGGCCCCUGCGCACAUACACACACACACACACACCAGCGAAUUCACCAAUUCCACCCCCCCUGUUGAUAGAUCCAUCCAUCCAUCCAUCCAUCCAUCCCAUCCACCCGAUGGUGGCCAGGCCCCUUGACUGAGUAAGUCACUCACUCACGUGUGUGCAGUGGAGUUUGAGGAUGGAGGUGUGGGUCUGCGCCAGCCCCUCAUCCGCAUCACAGUCCGACAGGUGGGACGAGGCAUUGCUGCGCCGCUGGUGCAGGGAGAAUACUUGCAAGUUGGACGCCAUCAGACCCUCACCGAAUUCAUUGCUCGUGUCGUGACGCGGCUUACGGGCCAGAUUGCCCGCAGUCUUCAGCGGAGAGGCUGCGGUGGCCACACACACAAAUAUCGAGGGAGGCAUCACAUUUAUUCUGUCGCCUGGGAGCCUAGCUAUAUGUGGUUGUGCCCCAGCAGCGCGUCCUCACCAGGUCGCUUCUGUGGCGGUUUCUCACCUCCAUGGUGAGCAGUACUCAUCAGCUGCCAAUUACCAAAAUCUAUCGAACGAGGACGAAGAUCACCACGCUGAUGAGCCCUUCCCUUCCC